AUGGGGGGGGGGGACGGGGCACCCCCUGACCCGUGUCCUGCACACACAGGGGUGUUCCAGUGGAUGGGAAAACAGGAGUGUCAUUUCAUCAACGGCACCGAGCAGGUGAGGUUCCUGGAGAGGCACUUCUACAACCGGGAGCAGCUCCUGCAUUUUGACAGCGAUGUGGGGGUCUAUGUGGGGGACACCCCAUUUGGGGAGAUCCAGGCAAGAGACUAUAACAGCCACCGUGAAUAUCUGAAGUACAAACGGGGUCAGGUGGACACGUACUGCCGGUACAACUACAAACUUGGUACCCCGUUCAGCGUGGAGAGGAGAGUGCCAUCCCAGUCCCUCCCAGUGCCAUUCCAAUCCCUCCCAACGCCCUCCAAGCCCUCUGCCCUCCCUCCCAGUGCCCCCCAGCUCAGCCCAGUGUCUCCCCCGUCCCUGCCAGUGCCCCCCAGCGUGUCCAUCUCGCUGGUGCCGUCGAGCUCCCAGCCCGGCCCCGGCCGCCUGCUCUGCUCCGUGAUGGAUUUCUACCCUGCGCCGGUGCAGGUGAGGUGGUUCCAGGAUGGGCAGGAGCUGCCGGAGCACGUGGUGGCCACUGACGUGGUCCCCAACGGGGACUGGACCUACCAGGUGCUGGUGAUGCUGGAAAUCCCCCAGCGCGGGGUCACCUACAGCUGCCAGGUGGAGCACGUCAGCCUGGAGCACCCCCUCAGCCGGCACUGGGCGAUGCCACCGGACACCGUCCGCAGCAAGAUCCUGGUGGGGGUCGGGGGCUUCGUCUUGGGCUUGGUCUUCCUGGCGCUGGAGCUCGGCUUCUACCUGCGGGAGAAGAGCUCCUGA